GCUGUACCGGGUUGGCCGGGGCAGGGCUGCACCCGCGGGGUCCUGCGAGCCGGCUGUGCCCCGCCGGAGUGCGUGGCUGUCGGCGCUCGGUGCGGGCUCCGUGCCAGGAGCCGAGCCCGCGGCACAGGGACUUCACCUCCGAGUUGGCAGCAGCAGCAGCUCUCAGCGAUGGUGCUGCUCGUACGUGAUUUUCCUCUCCUGCGAGGUUCCCGGUAGUUUGAUAUAAAUAUACCCAGUGAUUUUGUGGCUCCAAAUUACAGUUCUUCAGGAAGCUGAUUCUGCAGCUGCAGUGGAUGAAAUCUGAAGGCUUGGAGUGAGCAUCAGCCAGGACCCAGGGGACAGCCAGGAACCAGGAACAUGACUGCCUUUCCCAAGGAAGAAACAAAGGACAAACCUUUAUUUCUUGUGUAGCUGAAAGGAAAAGCAAUAUAAUCUUGACACCCAGUUAAUUCAAAGAAGCAUUUUCCAAAAUACCUCUUCAUUGUGUGGAUCCUGUAACUCUGCCACAAAGGUGCCUUUGGACCUGUGCAAACAAAUCCUUGCAGUAUUGAUUGGCAAAAGUGGUCAUUGCUGGAGUGGCUGUGGAAGGACCAUGACAAAGCACUCAGAGAUCAUCAAUUUGUCAUUUCUGUUGGAACACGAAAGGGAAACAAUCUUGGGAGUAUUGAAGAGAGAUGAGUACUUGAAAAAAGUUGAAGAUAAAAGAAUCAGGAAACUGAAAAAUGAGCUUCUGGAGGUGAGAAGGAAAGGCGGGAACCGCCACUCUCAGCAGGACAGCAGCAGGGUCUGUGUUCGCUGCCAGAAGAGCCUGGGCUUCAUUUUUGACAGGGGAGAGCUGUGCCAGACCUGCCAGCUGAGGGUCUGCAGCUCCUGCCGGGUGCUGGGGGCAGAGGGGCACUGGAAGUGCUCGGUGUGUGCCAAGAUUGCAGAGCUACGGAUAGUGACAGGGGAAUGGUUUUUUGAAGAGAGAGCAAAGCGCUUCAAACAAUCAAAUCUUGGAACUGAUCUUGUCAGACAGUCAAUCCUUCACAAAUUCCCAGACACAGUUUCCAAUACAGAUGAUGAAAGAACAUUCAAAAAUCAACCCCAAGAGAAUGAAGAAAAGCCAGAUGUACCAGUCUGCUCCACAAAUGGGCACAAAUCUGUCUUUAGCAGACCUAGAAAGAUUGGGAGGGUUAUCAGGGCAGUUACCAAAGGAGAAAUCACAUAUGGAAAGGAUGAAGGUGAAAGGAGCACAGGCUCAGAGGCUGAAAGGCCAGGUCUGCGUGGAGGCAAAUCAGCUGCAAGCUCUGAGAGAGGCAGCACGCUCUCCCUGGGCAGCAGCAGUGCAGGGGCUGCUGCAGGACAUGCAAGGGGCAGAGGCAGCACUGCCAAGGCUUCCCUGGCACGCUCUCCCAAGCGCAGCAUGACUGCGGAUUGCAGCGGGGACACAGGCUUGGAAAAUGACAUGAUUAUUCCAGCAAGUGAAAGUGUACCUGAAGAUUUAGUAAAGAAGCACUGCAGGAAACCAUCUGGAACACCUUCCAUUGCAGUUUCUAGGAUAUCUUUGUCAUCAGACCGUAGCAGAUCUGAGAUAGAUUUGAGUGAAUCUUUCUCUGAAGGAAACGAGGAUACCCUGAGCAUAAGAAGCAAAUCUGUACCUUGUGCCUUAGAUCAGGAACUGGGCUAUCUGGAAGAAACAGAAGAAGAUAUUGAUGACAUAGUGGCCUCUUGUUAUCCAAGAAAGCAUGAACAUAUGACAAGUGGAUUAUCAACAAACUCCCCAGAAGGUUCUGACAGAAAAUGGACAUAUUUAAAUGUUCCCGAAGCAGAUGGUGACACUACCAGCAUCAACAGCAUGGUGAGUGUUUACAGUGAGACUGGUGACUAUGGCAACGUGAAGGUCAGCGGGGAAAUCCUCCUCAAUAUCAGCUACAUCUACAAAACAGGGGCCCUCAACGUCCUGGUGAGGAGCUGCAGGAACCUGGCCAUUGCAGAUGAGAGGAAGCAAAGGACAGACCCCUAUGUCAAAGCCUAUCUCCUGCCUGACAAGUCCCGCCAGAGUAAGCGCAAGACCAAAAUUAAAAGUAACAGCACCAACCCGGAAUUUAAUGAGACACUGAAGUAUGUCAUCAGUCACUCGCAGCUGGAAACCAGGACCCUGCAGGUUUCUGUCUGGCACUAUGACAGAUUUGGACGCAACAGCUUCCUUGGGGAAGUGGAAAUUCCAUUUGAUUCCUGGAACUUUGAAAAUCAGGGUGAUGAGUGGUUUGUGCUCCAGCCCAAGGUGGAGGCUGUGACAGAUUUUGGGCUUCAAUACAAAGGAGAACUGACAGUGGUUUUGCGUUAUAUUCCCCCAGACAGAAACCUAAUGCUUCCUCUGGGGCAGUUUCAAGGAAAGAGAGGCUUCAAAAAAGGAAAGAAAGGAGAUUCUCAUCUGCCAUCUGGAGGCAUAUUAGAAGUCCUCAUCAAAGAAGCAAAGAAUUUAACAGCAGUGAAAUCAGGAGGCACAUCUGACACUUUUGUUAAAGGGUACCUGCUCCCAGAUGACAGCAAAGCUACAAAACACAAAACUCCCAUAGUAAAAAGGAGUGUGAACCCCCAGUGGAACCACACUUUUGCCUUCAGUGGUUUGAAUUCAGGGGACAUAAGGAAUGUCUGCCUGGAGCUGACUGUGUGGGACAAGGAGUCUCUUUCCAGUAAUAUUUUUUUGGGAGGUGUCCGUUUGAGCACUGGAAAUGGUGUGAGCAAUGGCAAGGAGGUUGACUGGAUGGACUCCCAAGGGGAAGAGCAGCACCUCUGGCAGAAGAUGAUUGACAGCCCAGGAGCUGCAGUGGAGGGGGUGCUGAUGCUGAGAUCCAGCAUGGGGAAACGCAGACUCUGAAGGACUUUGACUGCUGGGGAAAGCCACAGCUACUCCUGGCUGCAGGGGUGUCCAGGCUCCUGUCACUUGGCCCAUGUGAACCUGAGAAGGGUUGCACCCUUUGCCUUGGACAUUAAGGCUCUGAGUGAAACUUUAAUGCAUUCUGCACUUUCAUGCACACAUUCCUUACCCAGGCUUCUUGUGUGAAUUGUUUCUCCUGAAGCCAGUGAGAGCAGGACCUUGCACAGAGAUCAGACUGGCUUUGUCUGUCCCCUCUGGUGGCUGUGUGCAGCUGAUGAGCAUCCUGCCUGAGGGCUGCUCAGACUGAGCAAACUCUCUUGCUGGUCAUUUAGUGAGUGAUGCCAGGUUUAUGAAUCUCCUUCUGGCUCAGGGAUGGCCCCAAAGGCAGCAGUGGCACAGAACAAGCAGAUUCAGAGUGAGUCUGUGCUUUGGUGUUUGUAAAUUAAGAAGCCAUAAUGUUAUGAAGGACAGCAAACAGUGUUUGUUCAUGGUGUUUGCUUGUUGGGCUGUGCAGUGGUGCAGCACGACAGGCUUGGGACCAAAACCCAGCCAAGCAGGGCCAAUUUAGUGUUGCACUGCCCUAGAAACAGGCAGCAGUGAGCUGGGGGGCAGUGCUGGUGUCCUGGCAUCCUCUGGGUAUUUUAAUGCACUUGUAUAAAAGGCAGACUUGGUUCAAAGAGCCUUUAAUGAAAAUAAAUCAUAACAAAUCUUCAGUUUCCAGAAUUGCAUGAUGCUGCUGGUUUUCAUUCAGUUGACAGCUCUAGCCAGAACCUUCUGAUGUCAUUGAACAGAGGGAAUAUAUCCACAUGCCAGUCCCCAUCUGAUGUGUUACUGAGAUGAGACACAUGCCAGGUUUGGAUGGAGUUAGCUAAAACUUGAUUCAACAGAUUGUAUAGAACAGAAUGGGAUUAAAGCACAUGCCAAAAUGAUUUGCAUAACUGUAAAAUCUCCUCUGAAUGGACUGGGGUCUCAUUCAGGCCCAUGCACAUUAUUUGUAUUCCAAGUAGGGUAUUUUUCCUCCUGAACAUCCCCCAGUGGAUUUAAUGAUGAGUGGUCUUGGCCAAUACAAUCAUUAAUUUGUUAACUGUGACAAUUGUUCAACAGUAAUUUUGUGGUCCUCAAGGUGUAAGACAAAGGAAGAUCAGGAAACUGAAUGAACAGCAUUUCUUCUGAACUUUCCACAAUUAGAACACAGCUUUCUAUUUGCACUAGUAAAUUCACCUAUAGCUAUUCCUACAUUUUUUCCCACCAAAGUUUAUUGCAAGAAAUCUUGAUUGAACAACAGAAUAUAUUCUGAUAGCUAAGCAACUACAGCUGGAGAUGUUGACAUCUGUAGUUGUCCUAGUGUGCAAUUAAGUACAUGUAUUUAGAGACUCACUCAAAACCUUAAAAUGUAACAUUAAUUCUUCUCGUUUUAAGAUGUUUUAUGCUGUUUCUUGUUGGAGUGCCUGGAAACUGCAGGAAAGUUUACAGUCAGUCUUUUAAAAUCAUAAUAUUAUUGGAUUUUAAAACAGUAUUUAUUUGUGUUGAAAACAGUAGUUUUAAUAAAAUUAUUUGCUUCUUUAUGCAUAAGUUAUUUCAAAAUUCUGAUGUGACUUUUAAAAGUCACUGGAGAUAUUGCUUGCCCAGUUGGAGACUCACCAUUUUCAGAAAUUACCAAGUCAUCUUUGAAACUGAAAAUUCUCUUACAGAAUCUCGGAUUGGGAAACAAACAUCAGUGGUUACUCAAGAAAACUGACUUCAUUUUUCUUCUUUAUCUUUUCUUUAUUUUUGUCUGAAGUUCAGCUGAAAUUGGGCAGUGAGGGAAGUCUAGUUUGGUUUUAGCUGACUUUUAAUUUUUCCAGCCUAAAUGAUUCUGUCAUUCUACAAAUCUGUGCUGCAGGUGCUGUGAGCUGAUAAAUUAGAGCACAAAUAUCAAGCACACAACAUUUUAUGACCUUUUUCUUAUCACCAUAGUCUGUCCUUAAUAUUAGAUUAUUUUUUAUCAGUAUCUUCCAAAGUGACCCAACUUAACUUUUGACACCUUAACUACCUCUCUCUUCAACAGAAUUGUUUUGAGUUCUCUUGGUUGUUUGUACUACAAACCUGAAUUUAUUUUGAGAAUAAUAAUAUUACAUUGACAUGUAGUCAUAAACUUGGGGGUUUUUUUUCUUCUGCUAGAAGUUGUUUCAAACAGAUAAACUUGUUGAAUGAAAAGAAAAUUGUUCCUUGAGGUAAAAUUCCAGCUCAAGUUGUGGAGGAACACUGGUCUGUUGAAUGGUUUGCCUUGAUUAAUUUUGAUGUGAAAAUGGCAAAAAUAAUAACAAGAAAAUUCCUCCAAGUUGGACCUUGGAAUGGGCAUUUUUUCACUUGUUAAACUGAAAAAAACCUUAAUUUUAAAUUUAAUUUACUUUUGCAUGGAACACAGGCUUUUGUCUAAUUUCUGAAUGAUACUUCCUAAUCUCCUAAGCAUGAAUGUUUUGGCUAAAUCACAUUUUGCUUUGAACCAAAAAAAAAUUGUAUUUCACUGCUUCAACUUCUGCCCAUUUUGGUCAUAAGGCAGGGUUUGUGGUGAAUGGCUGCAUCUGGGAAGUGUCACCCAGCUCACACACGGGCUUUAAGCUCUGUUUUUCCUUCAAAGAGCCAAAAUGUCACUCUGAGCCCACAGCUGAAGGCACAGGCUGGGCUCUGAGCAGGCUCAGCCUAUGGAGGGAGCAGUUUCACCUGGGAAGGGAUUCCAGCCAAGGUGGUGGUGAUUGCCAUUGGGGGGUGUGGGGUAGGAGAGCGGAAUGACCUCCUGGGUUAGCAGGGACAGUUCUGCAGCAUGGUGUCGCUACAAAAGCUGUCACACUCACCAGAGCCUCGGAGAGAUGAUGAGCAUCAGAUAAACACCAGAGCAAUUUGGAAAGUUUUGCUGUUCUCUGAUGUUAUCAGCCCAUUUGUAGGAAUCAUCUGAUUUAUGGAAAAUGUCACAUUUAAUUAUGUCUCUCAUCUCUUUGUUCUCUUCUUCUGUAAAGAUGGUUUAUGGUUUGGAAAAAGCACAAGAUGAUUAACUGCAGAUGUGAUUUCUUGUUUCCCGGAUAUUUGAAUUAAUUGCCCAUAAUUGUGCGUCAUCAUGCACUGUGUGUUACCAGGCUGAACAAAAAAGACAGAAAGCCAGAAAUUAGACCAAAGCCCUCCUUUUCUAUCUGUAUUUGUAAUAUUGAAGGUGCAUUAAUGGUUUAUUCAAAGCUAAUUUUUGGGAGGAAAUGGCCACAAUUUUAACACUGAUUCAUAAACUCGUGCCCUGAGUAAACAGAUACAGCAGAGCUGAUGUUUCUGAAGUCUUUUUCUACACAGACCUGAACAACUGAAGCUGCAUCAGUGGAGAAGAAAUCUGAUCUAUAGUGGGUGCAGAAACUGUGUUACAAAACACAUUUUACUCUGCUACAUAUUUUUCUAGCAAGGUUUGUCAUUAAACUUUGAGGGUUCAACCCACUAAGAAGAAUAGAAGUGCAACUUUAGCUGUAAAAGGUCAAUUUGGGCCAGUAAACAUCUACAGACAGUGCCAAUAACUAUCAAAAAGAGCUGAUGCUGAGGGCUUUCCAAGCUCUGCCAGCAGAUUUUGGUAUCCAGCCCUGCUCUCUGGUAAUUUUCUCUAUCAGCUGAAUGGGGACUUCAGGCUUCUAAACCUACUUGCUUGUUGAGAUUUCAAAACCAGAUGAAAUAGGUUUGAAAUGUCCUUCCUAUCUCCUCUACCUCCACCAUGUUACACUUGAGUGAGAUGAAAGGAAAGCUGCAACGCCCAGGGGCUGCUGUUGCCACCUUCCUGUGCUAAUCCAAAUGCCACUGCCCUCCUUGGAUGCCUUUCAGAUGCCACAUUUCCAUCCUUCUUUUCGAGCUGUAAUGGUUUAAGAGAGAAAGCAUUGGGAUGGUGAGCAUGUUUUGAUCAUGAUUGAUUAGACUGGAAGCUUUUUCCUCUGUGCCUCUUUCAAUGCAGAUUAUGCUGAGGCAGCACAAAUGAAGCAUUUUUAUAUAUUUAUUUUUGAUUUUUCUUUUCCUGACUGGUUAAGUCGAGCUAAAAGCAAUUAUUCUAAGCUGUAUUCUGCAAAAUAUCAACUCAACUACAACAGGAGAGCAGCUUUUAAGCAUCCACUGGUCCUAAUUGAUAAGGAGAAGUAACAGCAGGGUUGCAGUUUUGUCUGGUGUAAUUUUGACUUCUUGAUGGCUCUGCACAUUGCCCAGCUUCAGGAAUGUAAAGUUUGCAGUUUGUUUUGUAGCAUCCAUGAAGAGAAAAUCUGCUUGGAUUUGUUUUGUAGCAUCCACGAAGAGAAAAGCUGCUUGGGUUUCUUACACCUUUGGAGAAGAGAUCAGAGCCCUGUUUCCACAGCUGUCUGGUUUGUGGGCUCACAAGGUAAUAAGAGUUGUACCUGAAUCUUUGCAAGGGUUUCUCUUCCCUUCACCCCUCCCUCCAGUUCAGCAGCCCUGACCAGAAGGUUCUCCCUGGAAUCUGAUCCCCAAUAUCUGGGAGGAGGCAGCAUGCACAAGUGAUGGGAGAACCCCACUUAUUUUCUUCUAUAUGAGGUUAAGACUGAAAUUUUCCUUUGCUAACACACAGUACUGAUUUUCAGCACUUUGCCACCAUGACAUAAGUAUCUUCUGAGACCUGACCCAUGCACUUUAUAAACUUUUUUUUCCCAAAUAAUUAGUUAUUAUUUUUUUGCUAUGCCCAUAAAUGCUAACAUUUGAGAACCCCAGAGAAAUGAUGGUGAGUUCCAGAACAGGAUGCAGACUAUUAUUUGCAGUGAUGCCCUUUAGCACUGCUCAGCAGGAGAUGCUCAGAAGCAUGCCAACAGAACCUUACCACUGUGCCCAUGAAUCUCCUCCCUGAUGAUUUCAUGUUUUCAAAUGCUGUUUAAUAAGUGAUAUUACAGUGUUAAUUAUACUGUGUAUAUUAACACUGGAAACUGAAUUUCAGCUUGCAUUUUAGGUGACUUUUUAGGUUGUUUUUGAAACUCACCCUGGCUGCAUCUUGACCUUUUAUUUAGAUUAUUUAUUUCAACAAUCCUACUUUGUGGCAAUAACAUUUACAUGGCUGUGUGCUACUGCUCCUGACAGCUCUCUGUAUAUUUUUGAGAAUAGUUCUUAUUGUUGAGGUUUGCCUAAAGCCAAGCAUAGUCAUUUGUUGCAGCAAUUAGAGAAUGCCACAUAUCCCUCGUGCUGCCUUUGUUCUGCUAAAAAUCUGUUGCUAGCAAUUUGUUCAAUUAUUCUGGUGGACAUGAACAGUGGAAGCAGUAAAUGGCAUUGCAGUAUGUUAAGCUUUGCCCAAAUUGAGACAAAGCAAUGUUUUCUGCUGAGAACAUUUUUGUACUGUGCAUUGUACAUUGUUUUGUGGACAAAGAUGGCUGGUAAGACAUUUGCAUCUGUUGUCAAGA